AUGUCGUCGUCUCUGCCUCCCAAUGUCUAUAUUUCAAAACACCCGUGCCUUCGCGCAAAGCUCAGCCAAUUGAGAUCCAAGGGCACCAACGCUCGCGAGACAAAGGCUCUUAUUUCUGAGAUAGCCUUGUUGUUGGGGGUCGAGGCGCUUGCGCAACUCGAUAUCGACUCGGUGGGAACAGCUGAGACCCCUAUCGGAUAUGAGUAUCCCUAUGAGGCCAUCAACUGCUCCAAACUCACCGUUGUCCCCAUCCUGAGAAGCGGACUCGGUAUGGUCGAAGCAAUACAAACUCUCCUGCCCGAUUCCGUUUCGGUCCACCAUCUUGGCCUCUUCCGCGAAAAGAUGACUCUGCAACCUGUGGAAUACUACAACAAUCUUCCUCAAUCCCCUGAGUCGGUGGCGAAACUCGCUAUCGUCGUCGAUCCCGUCUGCGCUACAGGCGCAACAGCAUGCGCCGCAAUCCAGAUACUGAAGGAUUGGGGUGUUGAGAAGAUCAUCUUCUUGUGCGUUUUGGGCGCCCUCCCAGGCAUCACAAGAGCCGCCGCGGAGUGGCCAGAGGGCACACAGGUAUGGGCGGGUGGCAUGGACGAGGGCCUGACUGAUAAAGGCAUGAUCAAACCGGGCUUGGGGGAUGUUGGUGAUCGUCUCUUCCUGACCAUAGGAAAAUAA